CAUAAAUGGAAUAGCCAUUGCAACAGUAUAGAUAUUUUGUAGUGUGCAUUAAAGUCGAGAUCAUAAAUCUUUUACUUUUACUAUGCCAAAAUAUUUUGAUCUGAUCAAACAAUUUUUAGUUGAUACGUAACAUAUCAUAGUAUAUUGUUAAUCUAUUGAACAAUAAAUUUAUUUUGAUUUUAAAUUAAAGUAAAAUUAGACCUAACUAUUCAUAUAAGAGAACGAUUUAUCAGAAGAAAUUGUUCAAGAUUAUGAGGAUCUACUACAUUCACAUUUCUAUUAUUUGUUCAUGACAUAGUCAUAAUGUCAUCUGGAUUGGUUUCUUCUACUUCGCUGGGUAGCUAUGAGCUACCCAGCCCAUUGGGAGAUACAGUGGAAGAUAAUUUAAAUAAAUUUACAACAUAUCUUCAUCAAGUUGCUGGAAUUAAUGAAAAGGAAGUCGAUGUGAUAUUCAAGGACCACUCAUAUGCUCGUCCAUGGAAUUGGAAACCAGAAAAUAUUUAUGUUAAACCGAUAAAAAAAUUAUUUUUUUCUAAAGCUAAUUUAGUUACGCAAGACGAAGAGGUCGAUGUAGAAAAAAUUGAUGAUGAACAAGCAGUUCCACCAUUAGAUUUUACAAGAACUCGACAUGUUAUGGAUGAAUUUCAACGAUUAGCAAAUUUUGUAAGACCGGGAGAUAACGAAGAUUGGGAAGAAAAAAUAGACAAGACGAUGUGGUCAUCUCUACAAUGUCGAAUAUUUACUAAAGUCAUUAAAAUAUUGAACUCUGAGCGACUUGCAAGAUUAGCAAAAACAAAUGAUGUUGCAGAACCACUGUUUCGUCGUACAUCAAUAAAUACUACAGCAAGAAGAUUUAGAGAAACUUUAGCUUCUGCUGGUUGGGAUUGGAGACUAACUCAAUGGUUACAUAGUUUACUGUUUGAUCAUCUUUCUCAAGAGUACUUAGCUAUUUAUCUUGAUAUCCUACAAACAUUAAGACUAAAAAUUCCACAACUUAUUGAUAAAAUGAUAACAGUACAGCCAAAUAUUAUUGGAAAAAAUGGUUCGGUAACAUGGGAAACUCUUGGUUCUAUGUUAAAACGAACUUGGGAUCCAAUUGCUCCUGCGUUAAUUAAUAGCAGACUUAAGAAACUGCCAGGAAAUCCUAUUUUAAUAAUAGCUCCAUCUGGUAUUAGCUCUACUAUUUCUUCUCGCCAACAUAAAUGGAUUACACAGUUAGGAGCAUUAGGAAUGGUAGUUAAUGUGCAUACGCAUAUAGGGUUAGCAGCUAACAGAAUGACAAUGAUGGUAUGCAUUGAUCAACUAAUUCAAGCUACACGAGCUAAAAUAGAGGAUAUUAGAAGUGACUAUCCCGGUAGACCAAUAAUCCUUAUUGGUUUCAAUACUGGAGCAGCUAUUGCUUGUCAGGUGGCACAAAUGGAACAUGUAACUGCAGUAAUUUGCCUUGGCUUUCCCUUUUCUACUGUUGAGGGAAAACGAGGAUCACCUGAUGAUACGUUAUUAGAUAUUCGUUGUCCUGUUAUGUUUAUUAUAGGACAAAAUGCUUCUUUAGUAAGACCUGAUGAUUUAGAAGAUCUUCGUGAAAAAAUGUUAGUUGAAACAAGUUUGGUAGUGAUCGGAACUGCAGAUGAUUAUCUACGAAUAUCGACUACUAAAAAGAUAUCAGAGGGUAUUACACAAAGUAUGGUAGAUAGGUGCAUUUUAGAAGAAAUUGGUGACUUUGUAGGAAGCAUUCUUCUGCAACCUAACCCUUUACCUCUAAGAUCUAUAUCAGUAACUAAUUAUGAAAACAAAAACAACAAAAAGGACAACCGUAAAAGAAGAAAUUCCACUAGUAGCUCUAUUGAGAGCGAACCACAUUCUCCUUCUUUAAAAAUAUCUCGACCAACUACACCAGUUUCUUCUACAGCAUCAGUUGGAUCUAGUACAUCUUUGGCUCAAGUUACAAGAGCUGGAUCUUUUACUACACAACCAACUCUAGUCACGGUUACUGGUCAACAUAUUAAUCAAAGUUCAACAAUAAGACGCAAAUCACGAGUUAUUAAUAAUCCAAAAACACAAUUUGUAGAACAUUUGAUAACUUCUAGAGUACCUGCACAGAAAACUCCUAACUCAACAAGUGGUGGUAUAACUUUAAACAUUGGUUCUUUAGCAAGUCUAGCACCAAUUGGACCAAUACGUUUAGGUUCAUCCAUUGACCAAAAUAAUACAAUUAAGACAAUUAAUACAUCUAAAUCAUCAGUUGUGCCCAAUAAAAUUCCUAAAAUUAUAUCAAAUAUAUCACAUCUGAAUGUUCCUAAAAUGAAAACUAUUGUAUCAACAAACAAAACUUUUUCAAAAGUUAUAUCAAGUAAUUAUAGGCAUACUAAUAUCGUCGAUAAAAAUGGAGAUACAAAAUUGAUCAAUGUUUUGACAACAGGAGCAAAUCAGUCAAGAAUGAAUUCUGCAGGACAUAGUAAAUCUACCACUAACGGAGAAGUUAGUGGAACAAUACCGACAUUGUUACACAAUGGAAAAAGUUCUGCUUCUACAAUAAAUGGUUCUCCUUCCACUCGUAUAUCUUUAAGUUCAAGUAUAUUGUUAACACCUACGAUCACUUCAACAACUAAUACGCCAAUCACCACAUCAACUGUUACAAAAGCGGUGGAAAACAGAGAAUCGUCCAAUAGUUCUCAAGAUGUGACUCUUAAUCCUACUCAUAUAUGGGACAUACCUAAAAUCUCACAAUUAUCAUCACAAACGGUUUCAGUUUCUACAAGCAAAGAUAUGAGUACAUUAACUGGAAAUGCUGCUGCAAUUAAUGAAUAUACCCACAAUAUCAGAAACACCCCUUCAUCUGUAAUAGCUCCAUUAGGUUUUCAUAAAACUGGAAAUAAUGUAGCUAUGUCUAGCCAAGUGAAAUUGUCUCAUAAUACAAAAACAAUGCCAAAAAUAACGCUAAAUACAAAUAACUUACAAAGAAUCCAAAGAGGAGGAAGAUCACAAACAGCAUUAAAGAAAAAUAUCAUUAAUGAUAUAGAUGAAGAUUUGGGCAAUAUAUUAGAUAUACCAAUAAUAUUCGCUAAGGAUGAUGAUAGUUUAAAUAAUGUUGAGAAAGUAUCAUUAACAUCAUACACAUCUCAAGCAGCAGAUUCUAAGGAAAAAUAUAUACCUAAAUUUAAUACUACAAAAGUGGUUCUUAUAAGUAACAAGCACGACAAACUUCAACACACUUCCAAUAAAUUUGUAACUCCUACGACACAAACAAUUAUAUAUCCUAAUGUUCCUGCGCAAAAUAUGAAUCACGUAAUAUUGCAAACUCAAUCGCAAAAUUCAGUAAUAAAGACAAAAAAUAGGCUUGGAUUACCUGUACAAAAUCGUUCGAAUCAACCUACUAUUAAGUACACUAAAAUUAUUUUAGCUAAAAGAAAUAAUGCACAGUCUUCUCAUACCGAUAAAAAUGAACAAGUUCUAUUAUCAAGUACUUCUCAGAGAUUAAAUAAACCAAAAGUAUGUAUUUUUGAAAAAAAUGAUUAUAAACGUGCUCUGCCUCAACUAAAAUAUCAAGAAAAUAGUUCUAACGAUACAAUUGAAAUCGAGGAUGCAAUAAAAACAAAUAUUAUAGAGAAAAAAUAUAUUACAAUACCUGAAAUUGAUCUCACAUCUCCGACUAAAUGUAAUGAAAGAGAAACGUCAAAUGAACGUGAAGUCCAAUUUGAAAAUAAAGAACAUACUGAACGUGUUACAUUUAAUAAUACUACAGGACUGGAAACAUAAGGUACCUUACUAUGUCUUCUGAUUGUUAUUUACAAUACUUUAAGAAAAUUAUUGCUGAUUUUAAAGCAUAUUAAUAAAACAAAUGCCUGCCUCAAAAAAG